CUAUGUAUAUAAUUUAGUGAAAUUAAGACUAUUCUAAUGAUUAAUUAUAUAAAGCACAUUCGUAAUAUACCUCGCUCCUACCACUUCGAAUGUCUUACAGUCCCAUUUGGAAAAGCGUUCGCUUACGUCACUAAAUGCGCUUAUAUAAAUGACUUCAAAACACACAGUUAUUGACGGUCAGUUCGAGAAAAAACAACGAGAGGUGUAAUGUGAUAUAGAAGUAAAGGGAGUAAUUGCUAUUGGUUGAUGUAGUUAAUGUUGUAGUAAUUUUUACUGAUUUCUUUUUUUCUUUUUCAGUGUUCUCAUUUCGCACCCGGGAAAUAUCUGACGUCGAUAAAUUAAUCUGUUAAUCAUGAAAAGAAAUCUGAUCGUAAUACUCUUGGCGUUUCUUUACAACUCUCGUACAAAAACGAUCUCUCAACCGCAUCACUUUCACAACAGUUCUGGUAAAAUGACUAUUACAUCCCCUAACGACACAUCGUUCUGGAUAUGGGCAGAAGAAGGAAAAAACUUUGGUUUUGGAGGCUUGAUUAUAGACAAAAUCAUGGAUCUUUUCCAAGUUACUUAUCGUGAGUACGAAACGACUGUUAGGGUUGCACCAGAUGAAAUUAGCGAUGACUCGUCUGUUCCUGUGACUACGACAAUUGAGGCUAACACCACAAGAGAAUCCUCUACAGGACGACCAACGAUAGCAGAAUUUGAAAAAAGAGUUGAAGACGGCGUUAAUAUUUGGAACACAACUCUUCAAAAUCCGCCCGAAAUAAAAGUUGUAACGAAAAGAGCCAGUCGAGAACCUAGAGAGUUCGAAAAUGAGCAGAAAAGCGAAAGUCUUUCUUCAAAUAGUACUCUAUGGGAGCACAAUACAACCACCAUUAGCUCCACUACUUUCAAAGUAAAUGCAACUAAAGACGUUACUACCACCACCCCUGAUUCUGCCAGUCUUGUAGUAUCCCAUUACGUUGUGUGGAUAACUUGCACAAUUAUGUUGACACUGACGUCCUAAACGUUUUACUUGUUUAGUUUCAAGGUUAUAUUUGUUUACGUAAACUCAUGGUUCUACUGUACUUAUAGUUGAAGUAAUUAACAUAUUUUUUUUGUUUAUGUUCAAUAA